AUGCCAUACACCACAGCAGAGAGGGCGUUUGCGGGUGCAACCAUUCACGACGGCUUUAAUUGGCUGUCGGUGCUGGUGCUGCUGCCCCUGGAGGUGGUCAGUGGCCUCAUGACCCGGAUGUCCCACUGGGCAGUCACCGGCCUCAGUCUCCACACGGGACAGGACGCACCCGAACUGCUCAAAGUCAACACCGAACCAGUCACAAAACUCAUCAUACAGCCCACCACGAACACCAGCCUUGAAUCUUGUAACCCUUAUUACAAUUUAGAGGCUGGCAAUGAGCUCCAUGAGUGUAGGCACUUGUUUUCAUCCACUCAGCUGUCAGAUCUAAGCAUAGGCCUGGUUCUGCUGGCCGCCUCGCUGACCGUCCUCUGCUCGUGUCUGCUGCUGCUGGUCAAGCUGCUCAACUCGCUCCUCCAAGGACAAGUAGCAAAGAGCAUCCACAAAGUCGUCAACACAGAUCUGCCCUCUCCGUUUGGCUGGCUCUCUGGCUGCGGGGCCAUGUUCGUAGGAGCUGGGAUCAUGUUUGUCGUCCAGAGCAGCUCAGUGUUCACCUCCGCCAUCACCCCCCUCAUAGGUACAGUGCCUCACCUCCCUCACAGGUACAGUGCCUCACCUCCCUCACAGGUACAGUGCCUCACCUCCCUCAUAGGUACAGUGCCUCACCUCCCUCACAGGUACAGUGCCUCACCCCCCUCACAGGUACAGUGCCUCACCUCCCUCAUAGGAGUCGGUGUGAUCAGUUUGGAACGGGCUUAUCCACUGACUCUUGGUGCCAACAUUGGCACCACAACCACUGCUCUCCUCGCUGCUCUGGCCAGUCCCGGGAACAAACUCCCUGCAGCUGUUCAGAUUGCAUUAUGUCACCUCUUCUUCAAUGUGUCUGGCAUAGUCCUGUGGUAUCCCAUUCCCUGUCUGCGCCUGCCCAUAAGAAUGGCCCGUGUCCUGGGGGAGCGGACUGCUAAGUACCGUUGGUUUUCUGUCCUUUAUCUACUGCUUUUCUUCCUGGUGCUUCCAUCCCUCAUGCUUGGCCUGUCCUUGGCAGGAUGGCAGGUGAUGGUGGGUGUCGGGGCUCCCUUUUUAAGCGUAACCAUCUGUAUUACUUUGAUAAACCUAAUGCAGAACCGUGGUCCGGAGUAUCUUCCGAACAUGCUCCGAAACUAG